AUGGAUGAAGCAGCAAUUGCUAUCGGCACUGUGUCCUUCAUGGAUUCGUCAACGAGCGCCAACUCAAGCCCAUUCAGCGCUGGAGACGGGGAAGGGCCAGCCAGCGGCGUUGGAGGGCAAGAGGCCGGCGGCGGCGCUGGAGGGGUGGAAGAGGCCGACGGCGACGCGAGUGGUGGGGGAGAGGCCACUGACGGCGCUGGAGGAGGGUGGGGGAAGAGGCCUACGGCGACGCUGGUGGCGGGGGAGAGGCCACGGAGCCAGCCUGUGACGGGAUCGGCGAUGCAGGCGUCGACACCGACGCUGAGGGCAGGGAUGCGGCUGCCGGCGCUGGGGGCGGGGGCAGGGGCGGGGACGCGGCUGCUAGCGCCUGCGUUGGGGGCAGACUCGCAAGCGACGACGCCGUGGAUGCAGCCGGCGGCAUGGUUGCUUGCGUGCUCUCCGCCCCCUCCAUGGCUCAGAUCCAAUCGAGCUGCCUUCUUUCUCGUCUGUGUGAUAUUAUUUGAGUGA